CAGCUGCUGCGCUCGAGUCAUGGUGGAGGUUGCGGUUCUGGGGAAAGGCUCUUAAAGAGUUGUACUACUUUUCAGCAUGUCGGUCGAACUCGAUUUAGAAAGACCGGAUUUAAUGGGUAUACGAUGCGGACCACUUCAGACGUAGCCUAAUAGUCACGAAAACGGAGGAAAAGUUGGAUCUUGAACGCUGUUUUAAAAUGUAACCCUUUUUCUUAGCGCACCAGUCAACAGCCCUGGGCAACAAAUAUGGCUACUUGGGUCUACUCUUCUUUCUAUUUGGGAUGAAAGGCGACACAAUUUGGCUAUGCACUACAAUCGUGGGACUACGACUCAACUCUUCCAAGAAGUGACCUAUCCAGAAAUGGUUACGGGUGAACUGUAUAGAGAUCUUAAAGUGGUCAGCUGAUAAAACGUAGGCAACGCGGUAGUCGUGCAAAUAGCAGCGAGUUGAGAGAGAUGGAGUCUAAGCACAAAGAGUUGUUAGAUAAAUGCUACCAGAACUUACUGGAGUCAAUAACACAUGCAGAUCGGGUCGUGGAGGUGUUGUCUCAAACUGGUACCCUCACCCAAUCGGAACGUUAUGAACUGGGUCACAACUGCUCGUCCAACUCGGAGAAAGUGGUACUUCUCCUGAAAAUCUUGAUAAGCAAAGAGAGAGACCAUUUCAAAGACCUUUGCGCUGCCCUAGAAAAGACGCACCCUCACCUGAAUUCUGCACUUUUAAUGAACGGCGUUGGAGACGUAGAUCAUUCAUCUGGGUCCACCUACAGUGUUUUGUCUACCAUGCCGUCUGACUCUGAAAGCAGCACUUCCCUCAGUAGCGCAGGUACCAUGGGUCAAGCCUCGUCCCCUCCUCCAGCCCAUAUGGAGAACCGCCACGGUCAGAUGAGUGAGAAGAUGGAGGCGGUUCUGUUCCAGCUGAGACAGGUGACCCGCGAGAGGGACGAGCUGCGUAAACGCCUGGCCCUGUCCUCGCCCGGCACCACCUUCGAUGACUGCAGGCCCAACACCAAGUCAGGCCAGGACUACGAGCAUCUGAAGCUGCAGUGUAUGAAGGCCAUGGUGGACCUGCAGUCCUUACAGAACCAACACAGCACAACACUGAAGAGAUGUGAGGAGGCUGUGAAGAAAGCUGACUUCUACCACACGCUCCACAGCCGCCUGACCGGCGAGCAGUCUCUGCUGAAGGAGGAGCUGGAUGCUGUGAGGCAGGACAACAUCCAGCUGGUCAGAGAACACAACCAUGUGAAACAGAGCUGUGAGGAGAUGAGGAGACUACAUGAUGAGGACCAGAGACAGCUGGGAGACAUGAGGCUGCUUCACCAACAGGUGAUGAGAGAUGGGUCGUCAGAGAUCCUCAACAAGCUGUAUGACACAGCUAUGGACAAGCUAGAGGGCACCAAGAGAGACUACGAGGCUUUGAGGAAGAGGUUCAAUGAGAAGACAGCCAACCACAACACAGACCUGAGCCGUCUGGAGCAGGCGGAGGAGGAGAACAGGAGGCUACAGAAACAGGUGGACAUGUUGUUGAAGCAGAGAGACGCUGCUACACACUACCAACAACAGUACUCUACCUCUAUGAGGAGGUUUGACUCGACCCAGGCGGAGCUGUCAAAGGCUGCAGUGCAGAACAAGGAGCUACAGAGAGAGAUGGAGCGGCUGCAGACAGAAUCCACACGGCUGAAGACCCAGCAGCUGAAGGCGGUUAAGGACUGUGAGAAGUACAAGGAGGAGAGGGACUCGGUCUUCAAUGAGUACAGACUCAUCAUGAGUGAGAGGGACCAGGUGAUCACAGAGGUGGACAAGCUCCAGACAGGGCUGGAGGUGGCUGAGGCCAAACUGAAGAACACCUCGUCAGAGAGGAGGAUGACCAGCGAAGAGAUGGAGGCACUACGUCAGGAGCUUGGCUCGGCGCUGAUCGACCGAGACAGAGCUAUCUGUGAGAAGAAUGAGCUGCUGGAGAAGUGCUGCCACGAGGUGAAGGACAAGGCUGAGGCCCAGAAGGAGUUGAGCCAGGCCUGUAAAGACAUCCAGACCAUCCGGGAGGAGAGAGACGUAGCCCGCAAGGAGAGGACAGAGGCCAUCAUACAGAGAGACCAGCUACUGAGAGAAUACUACCAGACUAGACAGAAACAAGACUCGACAACCCUGGACAUGGAGCGGGCCAACAAGGAGAUAGAGGUGCUGAGGAAGCAGUAUGAAGCCAUGUCUCAGGAGCUGAAGGAGGCGACGCAGGAAGCAGAGGUGGCCAAGUGUCGACGCGACUGGGCCUUUCAAGAGAGAGACAAGAUAGUGGCAGAGAGAGAGAGUAUUCGAACGUUAUGUGACAACCUGAGGAGAGAGAGGGACCGAGCGGUGAGCGACCUGGCAGAUGCAUUGAGAAACCUAGAUGAUACCAGGAAACAGAAAAACGAUGCGUCACGCGAUCUUAAGGAACUCAAAGAAAGGAUUGAAGACCAGUUGGAAAAGGAGGCCAGUUUUCGUCAGCUGAUGGCUCAUAAUUCACACGAUUCAGCCAUCGACACAGACUCUUUGGAGUGGGAGACGGAAGUUGUGGAGUUUGAGAAAAACAGAGAGGACAUGGAUUUAAAAGCACUUGGUUUUGAUGUUGCCGAGGGGAUAAAUGAGCCAUAUUUACCAGGAGACUGUGGGAUAUUUGUGAGUAAGGUGGACAGAGGAGGUAUUGCUGAAGGAAGGUUAAGAGUGAAUGAUUGGCUGUUGAAGAUUAACAAUGUGGACCUGACCAAUAAGGACAGGAAGCAGGUUCUGAAGGCAGUGCUGAGCGGAGAAGGAGUGAUCAAUAUGGUGGUCCGCAGGAGGAAAUCUCUGGGAGGACGCUUAAUCACUCCUAUUGAGAUCAACCUCACAGGAUACAAAGCCAGUGGUAUAGGGCUGGAGUGUGGGGUGUUUGUAGCUGGGGUCACUCCGGGCUCUCCAGCAACCAAGGAGGGUUCACUCACAGUCGGAGAUCGACUCAUCGCUAUAAAUGGAAUAGCACUAGAUAACAAGUCACUGUCUGAGUGUGAAGCUUUACUGCGGAGCUGCAGAGAUGCUCUCAGCGUCUCUCUCAUCAAGAGUUGCUCCGGCCAGAGUAUCUUUGAAAACCUGCGAGACGCCUCAGAGAAGACCUCCAACUGCCGCUCGCUCCACUCUUGGCACUCCCGGAACUCCAAGAACAACAACAGCUCUACCCAGACAGACAUGUUCUGCCCUGAUAUUGGCUCCAGUGGUGGAGAGAGACACAACCAUCCCAACAAAGACAGGAGUCAUAGCAACGUUGUAGCAGUAGACAACAACAGUAGAGGUGGCUCCAUCUGCCAGCACAAGCCGUUUUCCAGUAGCUCCAUGUACUCCCGCUCUCUAUCCCACAGGGGGAGCUGUCUGCAGCACAGCCCAGUUAGUUCAGGGCCAUUGGGGUCUCCAGAGCCCCACCAGGACUACUGCUACAGGAGAGGGGAGUCACACAGCAGACGACCUCUCACCUUCACCCCUGUGGCCUCCGACUGUAUUACCCUGCAGAGCACGCUGCUGGACAGAGGAGGAGACAGAGACAGAGGAGGUGACAGAGACAGAGGAGGUGACAGAGACAGAGGAGGUGACAGAGACAGAGGAGGUGACAGAGACAGAGGAGGAGACAGAGACAGAGGAGGAGACAGAGACAGAGGAGGAGAGGAAGAACACACCACUACUCCAGAGAGAGAGAAGCUGAGCGGAGGCACCUGGCCUAAAGUCUUGGUGGGCGCGUCCAUCCUCGAGUGUGCCCAGCUCUCCAUCUAUAAGAAGCCCAAGCAGAGGAAGUCCAUCUUCGACGCAGACACCUUCAAACGGCCCGAGGCGUCUUCCAAACUGGACUACCUCUCCUUGUCCCAGCUAUCAAAACACUCCCCGCAGGACUCUCAGUCUGAGGUGGGGCCAGGGGUGGGGAUAGGGCAGACCCCUCCCACCCCACCUCAGAGGAGCGAUUCGUUCAGGUUCAAACAUCGCCAGCAGAUCAGCUCUGCCUCGGACUCCACCAUCACCACAGGGACAGGCACCCCUCCAACCCCCCCGGGCCAGGCCCCAGGUGGCCUACCCCUGGUGGGAAAACAACAGGAGGUGGGGGGGCUGGAGGGUCGAGACAGAGACGGAGAUAGGGAAAGGGACAGAGAUGGGGACAGAGACAGAGACGGGGAUAGUGAGAAGCACAAUUACUACAUAGACCCUCCUGGAGAGGGGAUGCAGCCAAUCAUCAGCUCCAGGAAGUCAUGUGAUGAGGAUGUAAGCAGGCAGAGGGGGGAGGAGCUGGACAGGGACAGGAGAAGGUACCGUCCCAAAUCAGCCCCUGCGUUACGCCGGAACAUGACCCCUCUACACAUCCACAUCCCUAUCCAGAGUUUCUCUAAUGACGAGGCGUCUCCAGAGCCGGUGGACUUGGUGCGUUUCUCUCCCAUGCGCUCUCAUCGUUACAGCAUGCCUUUGGUACCACCAGGAUACAGCAGCACCAUGACUGCACACCCCGGACACAGAGGUCUAGCCCCGUGUCCUGCUGUCACCGCUGUGAUGAGGAACCCAGUCUAUACUGCCUGGAGCCAUGACGUUCACACAAACCACAACUGUCCUCCUGCACCCACCUCAGGCAACCACUCACACUCUCACCCCAGUCCCCAGCACCAAGGUCGUCUGAGCCUGGAUUUGAGCCACAAGCGGUCUGGUGACUUAACGUCAGAUUCAUCACCCUGUAGCCAGACACCACACAGCACCAACUCCCUGCCCUCCAGUACCAGACUGGGUUCCUCUGGUAAUUUACAUUUCCGGCAGGAGCGUAUUAAAACCCCCCCUACUCGAUACCCACGGUCUGUUGCAGGGUCUGAUAGAGGGUCCUUGUCCCAUUCAGAGUGCAGCUCCCUGUCCCACUCCACUUCUCCCAUGUCCCCCGCCAAUCUAGAGACAGCGUCCUUUGCCAGCAGCCAAUCACAGAGCUCUAUCUCCACCAGCGCCACCCAGCCCAGGAUAUCAGCCAGCCCUGCCUUAAUAGGGGACCGACGGAAGGACAGGCCCUAUCUGGAGGAGCCCCGUAACGUGACGGUACAGAAGGGGGCAGAACCGCUGGGCAUCUCCAUAGUGAGUGGGGAGAAUGGGGGUGUGUUCGUGUCCAAGGUGACGGCAGGAAGCAUUGCGCACCAAGCACGGCUGGAGUACGGGGACCAACUGCUGGAGUUUAAUGGGAUCAACUUGCGGAACGCCAAUGAGCAGCAGGCGAGGCUUGUGAUUGGUCAGCAGUGUGACACCAUCACCAUCCUGGCUCAGUACAAUCCACACAUGUUCCAGCUGGGAAACCACUCUCGCUCCAGUUCUCGCAUGGAGUCCAUCAGUGGUCAGCCAACCCCCCAGCUCAGCGGAGCCACCACUCCAGACAAUCACUCCGUCAUCGACACCUUGAGUGAGCAAGACGAAGGGACCAUGACACCACCUUCUAAACAGACCACCCCAGCCACCAGCCCUCACAGCUCCUUCAGGCUAUCUUCUCCAGGUGCAGGCUCUCGCAGGGCCCCAGAGGUGAGACUGGUGCGGCUGAAGAAGGCCCAGGGAGAGUUGGGGGUGCAGCUCUGUGGAGGGAACCUGUAUGGUAUAUAUGUAGAGAGUCUGGAGGAUGACAGCCCUGCCAAGUGUCCCGACGGACUGGUGCCUGGAGACCAAAUACUGGAGUACAAUGGUGUCAACAUGAAGAAUAAGACUGCGGAAGAGGCUUACCUGGAGAUGUUGAAACCGGCUGAAACGGUCAUGUUUAAAGUCCAACAUCGUCUGGAUGAGCUCGCCAUGCUCAAAGACUCACCAGGAGAUGGGUUUUAUAUCAGAGCACUUUAUGAGCGAGUAGCAGAGAUGGAGCUGGAGCUGAGUUUCAAGAAGGAUGACAUCCUGUACAUUGAAGACACGCUACCAAAGGGCAACUUUGGCUUCUGGAUGGCGUGGCAGUUAGAUGAGAGCGCACGCAAGCUGGCACGAGGGCAGGUACCCAGCAAAUACAUAAUGGACCAGGAGUUCUACAGGAGACACAGCAUGCCUGAUAUGAAGGAUGAGAGCGGUACCGCCAGUAAGACCCUCUCGGCUGCCGCUCGCAGGUCCUUCUUCCGCAGGAAACAGAAACACAAGCGCUCUGAGUCUAAAGACGGGAAGGACCUAGUGGACGCCAUCAGCACUGACUCACUGCCCAUCAUGGAGGAUGGUGUGAGCCUGGCCUACCAGAGGAUCCAGAAGGUAGAGUGUUCCAGCCCCAGACCAGUGCUGGUUCUGGGGCCCCUAGUGGAGGCUAACAAGGACAUGCUGGUGAAGGAGGCCCCUGGGAGGUUCUGUCGGUGCCUACCUGAGGUGAUGAAGGCAUCUCAGCAGGCGAUAGAACGAGGGGUGAAGGACUGCGUCUUCAUCGACUUCAAACGAAGGAGCGGCCAUUUUGAUGUCACAACUGUUGCUUCCAUCAAGGAAAUCACAGAGAAGGAUUGUCACUGUUUACUUGACAUUGCACCCCACGCCAUCGAACGGCUUCACAGCGUUCACAUCUACCCAAUUGUCAUUUUCAUUCGCUACAAAAAUGCAAAGCAGAUAAAAGAACAGAAGGAUCCUCUAUACUUACGGGAUAAAGUCUCUCAGAAACAUUCCAAGGAGCAGUUUGAGAUGGCACAGAAAACUGAACAGGAGUACAGCAAGGUCUUUACAGGUAUCGUCCAAGGAGGAAGCCUGUCCUACAUUUGCACUCAGAUCAUGACUAUAGUGGACCAAGAACAAAGUAAAGUCAUAUGGAUUCCUGAUGGAGCUUUCUAGAAGGUUUCUAGGUGCUUCUAUCUAUGUAACACUUCAACCCUUAACAAGGAAGGUUGGGUAUGAUACACUUAUCCACAGCUAAAUGUUAAAAACUAGUCAACAAUAUCACAUCACUGUUGUUAUAGUCAACUAUGAGGGUUGCAUUCCAAAUAGCACCCUAUUCCCUAUGUAGUGCACUACUUCCCCAAGUAGUGCACUAUAUAUAGGGAAUAGGGUGCUAUUUGGGAUGCAGCUUCUGAUAUACUCUCAACAUAAUAACACUUAUCUGAAAGAUGAAGAUUCAUAUAGCACUGAUUUGUCUCACACCCCACAAAUAGAAGUAAUAAUCCCACUAUAAUGAUGAUGUCAUAGUGAUGCUGUAUACUUCAGACAGGCCUAGAGAUUCGUUUACACUAGUAUUUAAUAUUGUAAUGCUUUUUUACUUGAAUGUUUGUCCCUUAACUCCACUAUGGCCUGGACUCUUCCUGUUCCUAUGGUUCUCAAUCAUAUGUCAGAAUAGAAGUUGAUGCAUGGAAUAGAAGAAAACAACAUUUUAGACUUAUCUCAGACCUGUUUGUGCUGUAGUUGUUAUCAUGAUGUCACAACGGAUCUGGGAUCAGUCUAGAAGACCAUGUAAUAACCAUGAUGAACUAUAGUUAUGGCAACAGGCUCAACAUGGGUGCAGCAAGUUUUUCUUAACAGAAUGGAAUGGACCACUGUGUUCAUCUUUAUGUAUGUUUUCUUUGUCAUUUCAAUUCUCUAAUCCCAAUCUAAUAAUGUUGGUUAUGAACCUUCCUUUAUAGCCUACAAAUGUAGCAGUUAGUGAACAGAAAUGAUUGUGUAUGUUGUAUUUUUCUCCCUCUGUUUGUCAUAUAAUUUACAUAUUUAAAGACAAAAAUGUAUGACAAAUCUGCAUGAUUCUUUUCUUUCCCCAAGUUGAUGUAAAUGACAGACGUUUGUUUUACAACCCACUUACUGUUCUCAAUGCAAAAUUCCAGAUUAUAUAUAUAUAUAUAUAUAUAUAUGUUUCCUUCUGUAUGUUGUGCCAAACUAAACAGAUUUGUUCUGCACCACUUAUCCUUCAACCUAGUAAUGCUUGAACACUAAGAAAUGCAAUAAUACUUUACCGUAGGUACGAUAGUUUCACCAUGAGAAAAUGUAUGUGUUGUAGAGUUGUUCCAAUGUUCCUAACAUUUCAUACAUUUCCUAAUGGGCAUCUCUAUUACCCGAAAUGUAGAAUUUAAAAAAGGGAUAUUUUAUUUCUGUUCUAGGGGUUUGAAUGCACCAAAUUAAGAGGAUGAAUUCAUACAUUUCAACAUUAUGAUAAACUGGUAAAUUACUUUUCCUUUUUUCUCUAUAAUAUUUCAUCUUCUCAUGUUGGUUGAAACACGAAAAUAGACUAUAGAUAUAACUUCACUUCUCAAUGAAAUUAUAUUAUUUGUAUCAAAUGUUAAGAAAAAUAAAUACAUGUGGGGAACGUUGUCCAA